CGCCUGUCUAAUGAAUAUUUCAAUUAAAUAACUGCGUCCAGUUUUAGUUUAAUGAUCGAAUAUAAGGGAAUGAAUUGUUGCAUUAUGGAUGCAAACGAUACAGACGUUCGCGUCGUGAAAAACGAGAAAAAAUCAUUGCUACAAAAAUACGAUGUUCCGGUAGAACAUCUUUCGUACGAAUACAUUUCUGAAUGCACGGACGGGAAGAAAUUGGAGAGAAUAGUAACUAUACUUCGUUCCGGCGAAGAAGGAUAUUAUCCAGACUUGACGAAACACGCGGAGGAACGUUUAGUUCUUCUCAAGCCGACAAGUAUAAUAUUAAGAAAAUCCGAGCCCAUUCUCAGACUAAACAUGUUAGAACCGAACAAAUACACAGAAAUUGAGAAAGAUAUAAAUACCUGGACGUCGGAAAUGCAGUCUCGGGAGAAAGAUUUAAAAGAAGGAAGAGCUACUUUGAUAGAUCCUCUUCCUCACCCGGAUAUCAGGCAACUGAAAGAAGGAGUCACAGAAAAACCUGUAGCAAUAAAUUCGAAGAAUACUAAGAAAAAUAAGCGGCUUUCCUCGUGCGACUAUGGCGCCUGGGAUAAAUACGAUGUCGACACCGAAUUAAAUAAAAUAGAUAUACGAGAUGAACAACAGAGAGUCGAUGCCAAGAGAUUUCAACAAAAACAGAAAGAAAUAACUGAGAAAAAGAAACUCGAGAAAAAUACAAUUAUCGACAAAGCAUCAUUGACCGGAACUGAACUGAACGUGAUGGCAGAGCAGGAAAGGGAAAAAGGAAAUGAGGCGUUUAGAGCUGGAGAUUACAAAGAAGCUCUAGAACAUUAUAGUACAAGUAUAAAAAUGGAUUCGAAUGCAACUGCGUUCAAUAAUCGUGCAAUGACGUAUAUUAAACUACAGCGUUAUAAAGAUGCGCUCGACGAUUGCAAUGUAGUUCUUAACGUGGAAUAUAAGAAUAUCAAAGCUCUGCUUCGUCGAGCGGUGACUUUAGAGCAUCUCGACAAAUCGUCUCAGGCAUUAGCAGAUUACGAGGCUGUUUUGAAACUAGAACCAACUAAUGCUGUGGCAAUAGCUGGGGUGAAGAAAUUAAGGAAACCCUGUGAAUCUAGAAAAGUAAGGAUGGCUAUUGAAGAACAGACAGAAGAUACAAAUGAAAAAUUGAAAUCUACGAAAAAUUCCAACGAGCAAUUCAAAGAAAGAUUGAGUUUAGAAAACAGUAUAUGUUUCUGUGAUAGAGCACCAGGACCCUCGCAGAAUUUAGGACCGAGACCGCAUAUAAAAGCCGAUUAUUGUCUCGAGGACGAGAAGAAACAAACAGUAACGAUUAAAAAUAAUGUUCCUAAGAAACUUGAAACUGAGAGAAAAAAUACAUCAGGACCAGUUAAAAUUAUAGACUCCUCUUCUAACGGAAACAAUCGUUCCUUCAAUGCUCAGAAAAAGAACGAUUCUCCUCAAACUACGAAACCGAAAUCAAUUUUCUCUUGUUCAGUGCCUUCUAAACGAGCCAGUUCAGUCCUUAUCGAGGAAAUACCUAGAGAAUCUAACGAUAGUAAUUCCACGGCUGUUAAAAGCGAAUCGAAGGAGAUAGCUAAAUCUAAAACCGUAAAUAAAAAUAACAAGUGCGAUAACAAAACGAUAAACGCAUCGAGUAUCAGGAAUUUGAACAGAAAUCUUGAAGAAAAUUGUAAUUUGAAUGGAAAGCAUGAUAAUAAGUGGUCGCCGAGAAAAGUACAAGUAGCUGAUAAGUAUACAAAUAAAACUAGUAAAUCAGAGAAAUAUGUUCCAAAGAAUUUCAGUAACAUCGAAAGCGCGUACGAUUUUAUGAAAGCAUGGAAGUCAUUGAAGAACGAUACUGAUUUGAAAGUACAUGCUCAAUUACUACGUUCGUUGAACAUUGAUAAAUUAAGUUCAGUUUUAGGGAAUGAAUUAGACGGGGACAUGUUUAGUACCAUUGUACACUGCCUGGAACAACAUUUCUGCUCAUCCAAUGAUACAGAAAUACUUAAUAAGUUUUUGAAAUCAUUCAGCCAAGUGCAACGUUUUUCAAUCAUAAAUAUGUUUAUGAAUGCCAAAGAUAAGCAAGCGAUAAAAAAUAUACUGAAUUUCUUAGAAGAACAUGGAAUGUCAGAAGUCUCGUCUUUGCGGCAAAUUUAUUGCAUCUGAGAAUACACGCGCUCUUAGCUGUUUUUGAACUUCGUAGUGACAUUACAGCGACAAGUACCAACCUUACACAAUAUAGUACUAAAUAAUGAAAUACCCCAGAAUUUAAUUGUUAGUUUGAUAUAUAACGAUAAGCAACAAACAUGCAUUGUAUUUAUUAUAAGAAAAAUGUUAUUUGAUCAAUAAAAAACAUUAUGAAUGUA